AUGGCCCCCAGAUUUAUUUUCCUAGUGGGCGCCCCGCUACCUAGCAGUUUGGACUGGGAUCAUGAUGAGCUUUUCGACGCUCCUGUUCCCCCAUUCCAUGAUACAGAAACCUCCAGCACCGAACACCAGCCAUAUCUGGGCCAGGACUCUAUAAAAUGGAGGGUUCUUCGGCCUCUGUCACCAGACAUUGUGGAAGAUCACCAAUCCUUCUAUUGGGGACCCAAGGACCCUAGCUUCCUUAUAUCUCAUCAGCUCAUCAAUACUGACAGCACAUCAAGUGAUGAGGAUGAUACCAGGCUGUCUCAGUUCUAUGAUCACUCAUUCGCCAUUCAUGAAACCUCAGAGAUAUCUGCGUCAUCAGAGUUACAAGAAGACCUGACACAGGAGUUGGACAGCAUCGCCGCUGAUUCACCAAACAAAGAGUUAUGUCAAUUACUGCCCUUUCGAAUCAAUGGUCCUUUAAGGGAUUUGAAGGAUAUCCCCACGGCGAGACAUCUGCAGUCUAUUGUCCCACAGACAAUGUCAGUCAAUUUAGUGGUCGGGGUCAUUGCAGUCCACCCACCCCACCGUGUGGUAACACGGCAAUGGAAAAAAGAACUCGAUAUCAUUGAACUCGUGGUGGGUGAUGAGACAAGGGCCGGGUUUGGUGUCAACUUUUGGCUUCCAGCUUCAGCACCAGAUCAGACGACAGCCAAGGCCGAAGAAACCGGGCUUGGCAGAGUCCUUAGAACACUUCGGCCUCAGGACAUUGUUCUUCUGCGAACCGUCGGGCUUGGCUCAUUCCGGGACCAGGUCUAUGGACAGAGUCUUCGUGGCGGAAUGACCCAAGUUGACCUUUUGCACCGACCAUCGACGAAUGCGGGUGAGCUUGACAAGGUUCUGCCAGCCAGUGUCGAGGGCGAUCUGCCGCAGAAGGUUCGCAGGGUACGGGAAUGGAUCCUCCGAUUUGUGGGGACGGAUGGAGUAGGCGGUAUUAGCCCAGGAAUGCCCGAAACAAAGACAGAACGUGGCCAUCGGCUGCCCCCGGACACGCAGUAG